AUGCCGGUCACAAUACCCUUACAAACCCUCUCCGCACCUGCGUCCGCAGGAACAAACGACUUGCAAACGGUACAUAUUCGCUCGACAAACUCCGAUAUGUCCUCUACCCUGCAACAUGAGCAUAAGGGAAUAUGCACCUGCGGAUUCAAAGGCAAGGCGGCUGCAAGGGACCGGGUGCCCGUAGCCGAAAAGCAUGGCCCUUCAUGCGAACUAGUUCUCCCGGUUGAGUCGAGCCAACACCCUCUAUUUCCACCGUUGCCUUCCUAUGGUCCCCCGACCUUCGCUCGAAAUCUCCGAUACUAUGCGAUACAAAUCAUCUCGUUCUUUCUAUCGCUCGCCUUCCUGUCGGCCAUUUUUGUCGGGGCGUUAUUGUGCACAGUCGGCGCCGCAAUCUCGGACACUGUUUCGCGAUUGAAAGGCAAGAAUCCGGCUUCUAAGCGGAUGUUCUAUGCGGAGGAACAGACGCGCAGAUUGGCGAGGGCGAAUUCGGAUAUCAAAUGGCAUAUUAGAGAGCAAAAGAAGUACGUGGAUGAAGAACAAGGUCUGGACGAGUGUCCGCCGCUGGAGGGAGGGAAGGAUCGAAUUGUAUGUGAUGUCGCCUACUACGCCAGACGGGUAGGGCUUGAUGUCGAGAAGUUUCGUGUGCAGACCGAAGAUGGGUUCAUCAUCAACCUGUGGCACGUUUAUAACCCACUGGAAUAUACUGCGCUGUCGCCGGAGGAAAGACGUGAGCGCGGACCUGGUGUAUUCGAUCAGAAGAAAAGACGCACAUCAUCUCGGACCAAUCGUCGAUAUCCCGUUCUUUUAAUGCACGGAUUGCUGCAAAGUGCUGGCGCUUAUUGUACCAAUGAUGACGAUAGCCUUGCAUUCUUUCUCUGCAAAUCCGGAUAUGAUGUCUGGCUUGGCAACAACCGUUGUGGAACCACCCCCGAGCACACAAGUCUGUCACCUUCUGAUCCACGUAUGUGGUCCUGGGAUAUCCGACACCUUGGAACUCUCGACCUGGCUGCUCUGACAUCCCGCGUCCUAUUUGAAACAGGAUUUGACAAGCUGGGCUUGGUGUGCCACUCGCAGGGAACAACGCAAACAUUUGUUGCUCUCGCAAAGGAACAUCGACCCGAGCUAGGGCAACGUAUAUCUGUCUUUUGCGCCCUCGCCCCAGCAGUGUAUGCCGGUCCACUCGUGAGCAGGCCAUAUUUCCGCUUCAUGCAGCUUUUGUCCCCUGGAAUGUUUCGCCUCUUCUUCGGUAUUCAUUCCUUCAUUCCUUUUAUGCUCACUGUGCAGCGUGUGACGCACCCGAAGAUAUACGGCACUCUCGCGUAUUGGGUUUUUUCAUUCCUCUUCGGCUGGUCCGAUGCGCGCUGGGAACGUGACCUUCGACAUCGCAUGUUUCAAUUCGCUCCUGUCUAUGUCAGUGCCGAGACUAUGCACUGGUGGCUUGGUAGCGAAGGUUUUUCCAAACACAGGUGUAUACUUUCCACGGUCCAGGAUUCCGCACGUGAAGCCAACGAAAAUCAUCGGUCUCAUAAUGACACAGGAAUUGAACAUGGCGACGAUCCCAGCGAUGCAUGUCUAGGUUCCAGUGAGGAUAAGGCCUGGUUUGGUCCUCAGACGCCCCCAUUCGCACUCUGGAUCGGCGGCUCCGACGCGCUUGUAGAUGGGCGGAAGCUCUUGCAUCGAUUUGAUAGUGGUCGUGAACCGGAUGUCAAUGUUGUGUAUUCAAAGGUCAUCGACGAGUAUGAGCACCUGGAUGUGCUCUGGGCUAUGGAUUCAAUCGAACAGGUUGGCAAAGAGGUCCGCCAAGUUCUUUUCAACACCAUGCCCGAGGAUGCGCGCAACAUCUGUAGAAUCCCCCGGGGUAUCAACCCUAGCUUGUUGGAUAGUCAAUAG